AUGGCAGCAACAAUCGUCUCUAAAUCCCUGAUCAGCCACUGCACUCGCCAUCAUACUCCCCUCAAAUCACCACCGUUAAUACCUCUCUACCUCAGCCACCGUCACCGUUCAUCAAAACCCCAACUAUUCGAAAUCAAUCUCUCCUCGCCGUCAUUGAAAUCAGACGGUGGUAAUGGGAGUGAAGAAGAUGAUGGGUUUCUGAUAAAGAGACUUGAGGAGAUUCUUCACCGUGUGAUUCUUCAAAAAUCAACACCUGAUUGGUUACCUUUUAGACCUGGGUCUUCUUUUUGGGUUCCACCUAUGAUAAGUGUUAAAGAUGUGGUUCAUAAGUAUGCUGUUAAUAGUCGUAGUGAUGAACAAACGCUGUCGCUUGCGAAUUGUUGUGGAUGGCCUUCCUCUUCUUAUUUUAUUAAAGCUGGAAUCAAUGUGGAGAUGAAGGAGGAAGAGGAAGAGGAUCAUGCGGAGGUGAAGGUGGAGCUCCCAGAGGAGGUGGAAGGGAAAGUGAUAGUGCAGGAUUUGAUCGGUGCAACUUAUACCCACGUGGAGGUGAAGGAGGAGAAGGGACAAGUGGAUGUUAAGGGGAUCCCAAAGGAAGGGUAUGAGGUGGAAAGGGAAGUGUCAGUGCAGGGAGAUGAAGUAGAAGGGAUAGUGGAGGUGCUGAUUUUGGCAGGUUCAUCUUUGGAGGAUGUGGAAGAAUGA